AUGUCUACCCAUCUCGCUGCCGUCCUCAAAGGCAAAGGCCAACCUUUCGAGAUCCAAUCUCGCCCCACCCCAAAGCCAGGACCAAACGAACUCCUCGUCGCCGUCAAGUCUGUCGCGUUCAACCCAGCCGACACUUUCAUGCGCAGCCAGGGUUUCUUCAUCACCGAGUACCCUACUGUUACCGGCUUCGACAUGGCGGGUAUCGUUCUCGAAGCUGGCGAGAAUGUCCCAACUGGUGACGACAAGUCCAGCCUUUGCUUCCAGCCUGGUACUCCGGUUGUUGCUUAUUCGGCCUCGGCCUGGAGAUCCUGCGCCCCAGACUAUGGAGCCUUUCAGGAGAAAUGUCUUGUCCCGUGGCAACAUGCCGUACCUCUUCCAGACGAAAACAUGUCGUGGAAUCAUGCUGCGACGUUACCCGUGUCUGUACAGGUACCACUUAGUGCCUGGGAUCAAAUGGGUAUUCCAAGGACAGAAGAGAAAAGCACCGGCACAAGAAAGAAAGCCGAGAAGAAUGAAGUUUUACUUAUCUGGGGAGCAUCUUCGAGUGUAGGCACAAUGGGCGUUCAGUCAGCACGCAUAAUGUGUCAGGAUCCCGACUCUCCCUUUGCAGCCGUUUACGCCACGGCUGGGUCGGACAAUCUCGAGUACAUACGUUCCCUAGGAGCAGACUCUGUGUUUGACUACAAAGACCCAAAUGUCGUGGACGCGAUGGUUUCCAAGGCUCAAGAUAGUGGCCUGGUCAUUCGCCAUUGCUUCCUGGCCGUUGGAAAUCUUUCCCUUUGCCAGGGUGUUUUGAAAGCCUUUGCCAAACCGGGCGAAAAGAAAGCAAAGGUGGUCUCGGCACCCCGACUUCCAGAAGACGGAAAGGAUGUGGAAGGGGUACAAGUAAUGUUUGUGAUGCCAUCGAUGGUGGAAGAGGAACGGUUGGAGCAAUUUAGGUAUUGGAUGGGUACUUGGUUAGGAAAGAGACUUGCCGAGGGUUCUAUCAGACCAAGCCCUAAGCCAAGUGUCGUUGGCAAGGGUUUGGAGUUUAUUAAUGAGGCGUUGGAUAGGAUGGCUCAGGGAGUGAACCCUUGCUGCGUUAGCGAAACAGCUAUGGUGGAGUAG